AAGGGAUCUAUAGCUAUAGACCCUGUCACAGUUGUGAUAAAAGAAUGUUUAUUAAUAUCAUCUUCAAUGAGGAAGAUUUCCAAAUACUCACAAUCUGGUGUUGCAGCUAUUUUAGGGAGCGGUGCUGGUGAUUUAUUCAAUGAUGAAGGCGAAUCCAACAAAUACGGUCUUAAUUCCCACGCGAAUGGAUCAAAUCAUAACACUACGAAUGAUCCACUGCUAUCUGGUUUCAUUCAAUUAAGAUUGAUGUUGAAUAACUCCAAGAACUUAGAUGAUAUUGAUUCAUUGACUUUACUGCAGCCAUUUCUACUUGUAAUAAAAUCAAGCUCUACAACAGGAAACAUCACUUCAUUGGCACUAGACUCAUUAUCAAAAUUCAUAAGUUACAACAUUAUUUCAGCUAGUUCCAAAAACUUAGCAUUCACAUUGACUCAUAUCAUUAGUUCAUUGACUCAUUGCCGUUUUGAAGCUUCUGAACAAUCUUCAGAUGAUGCUGUUCUUUUGAAAGUUUUGAACUUGCUAGAAACAAUAAUAGAUUCAAGUCUUGGUGAUUUACUAUCGGAUGAUGUUAUUUAUGAGGUUGUGCAAACUUCAUUAUCACUAGCCUGUAAUAAGAGAAGAAGUGAGGUUUUAAGAAAGGCUGCCGAGUUAUCAAUGUACACAGUGACCAUAAAAGUCUUUAAAAGGUUAGAUUCAAUUGAACCUGAGCAACACCAUCACAUAGUGGAGGAAACCCAAGAUUAUACAAAGAACCAACUUGUGGGGACAAUUGGUACUAAUGAUGAUGUUACUUUAUCAAAAAAAUCUUUUGAAGUUUUAAAUGACACUACCAAACCAUUUGGGCUUCCAGCAAUCAAACAGUUUCUAGGUAUCUUGAUAUCAAUGAUUGCCCCAGAAAAUCAGUUCAAACAUACUGAAUCCACUAAGGUCUUUGCAUUUUCUUUGAUAGCAACAGCCGUGGAAAUGAGUGCUGAUAGAUUCUCAUCUUUCCCCAGCUUAUUGAACUUGAUUGCAGAUCCAGUUUUCAAACACACUUUACACAUCAUCCAAAAUAUCAAUUCUUUGCCUGUUUUACAAGCUGCUUUACAACUAUUUACAACUUUAUCAUUGACACUUGGAGACCAUCUUCAAGCACAAAUAGAAUUAUCAUUGAUUACAAUAUUCAACGCCAUACUACCACAGGAAGAUACCAAAAAGAAACCUCCUGCUAGUGGAAAGUCAACGCCAAUAGAACUGAAUCAGAAAUCACUUUCUGCUAAAGAAUUACUUGUUGAGGAAAUAUCCAUCCUGUGGACAAGAUCACCAUCAUUCUUCAUGAACCUUUUCAUUAAUUAUGAUUGCAACUUUCACAGAACAGAUUUGACAGUUCGCUUCAUUAAAUUUUUAUCGGAGUUAUCUUUGCCAGAGAGUGCCAGUUUUACAACUGAUAAUGUCCCACCAAUUUGCCUUGAAGGUUUGAUAUCAUUUGUCAAUAAGCUUUCAGAACAGAUCAAAACCGUUGACCCUAUCUCUGAACAAACCACUCAUGAGCUUUUGAUCAAGAAAGAAAAGAAGAAAGAGUUUAUUGCUGCAACUAAAAUAUUCAAUCAAAAGCCAAAAGACGGGUUGAAAGCCUUAGAAGACAAAGGAUUCAUCAAAUCAUCAACUGAUAUUCAUGAAUUAGCUAUUUUCUUUUAUGAAAAAUCAAGCAGAUUAAAUAAAAAAGUUUUAGGAGAAUUUCUUGCUAAACCAUCCAACCUUGAAUUAUUGAAAGAAUUUUACUCAUUAUUUGAUUUUGAAGGGUUGAGAGUUGAUGAAGCCUUAAGAAUCUUGUUGAAAACUUUCAGAUUACCUGGUGAAUCUCAACAGAUUGAAAGAAUUGUGGAAAAUUUUGCUAAUAGAUAUGUGAAAUGUCAAAACUACCAACCAAAGCCAGAAGACAAUGUCGAGCAAGAAGUUAAGUCAGUUGAACCAGAUGCUGAUGCAGUUUUUGUGCUAAGUUAUUCCAUUAUUCUUUUGAACACAGAUCUCCAUAAUCCAAAUAUCAAGGCACAUAUGACGCUUGAUGACUAUAAAAGAAACCUGAGGGGUGUUUACAACAAGAAGGAUUUCCCUGUUUGGUAUUUAGAAAAGAUUUAUCAAUCCAUCGAAGAUAAAGAAAUUGUCAUGCCUGAAGAACAUCAUGGCUCUUCACAAUGGUUUGAUGAUUCAUGGAAUAACUUGAUUGCCGCUAAUAUUUCUAUAAUUGAUGAUUUCUACUCCGUUGACUCCUUUGAAGUGGAAGAGCUUAUUCAGUUUGAGAAGAAUUUGUUCCAAAGUGUUUUUGAACCUAUAUGCAACACUAUUCUAAAGAUUUUUGAAGUUGCUUUUGAUGAUCAAAUAGUUACCAAAAUGAUGACUACAGUUGAUAAACUUUCACAAAUUGCAUCCUUUUUCAAGUUUUACACAUUUAUUGACAAGUUGGUUAUUAAACUAUGUGACUUGACAACUUUAACAGGUGUGAAAUCACCAUCUGUUGAGACCAAUAAUUCAUCACCAACUAAGGUCACAAGAAUUAAAGUUGAAGGUGGUGACCCCAUUACUGUCAGUGAAACCUCAGUUUUGUUUGGUAAAGAUUUCAAGGCUCAAAUUUCAACUGUUGUUUUGUUCAGAAUUUUGAAUAGAGACCUGCAUGUCCUAAAUGAAAGUUGGAAGUCAUUUCAUAAGGUUAUUUUCAAGCUAUUCCAAACAGGUCUUAUUGAACCUGAUUUUUUCCCACAAUUCCAAAGUCAAUACAAAUUAGCCAAACUACCAAGAAUAAGACCUGAAGUCUCUCUGACCAGAUCAACUGUCACUAAAGGUUUGUUCUCCACGUUUGCAUCAUACCUUAAGGGUGACGAUGAACCAACCGAUGAGGAGGUUGAAGCUACAUUGUCUGCUGUGGAUUGCAUCAAAUCAUCUGGAGUUCAUACAUUUUUCCAAAAUCCAAGCGCACUUAUCAGUGGUGAUGAUACUGUAUUGAAGGCAGUCUUGGAGACACUACCCACAGAGCGUACAGUUGAAAAUGAAAGGACUUAUGAAGCUGACUUAUUCUUCACUCUUGAAAAUGCUCUUGUUUUGGCAUUGUCAAGCCCUGAGAACACAAAUGAACUCAAUACACUUUUGGAGUACAUUGAAAAAGUUGAAUCAGCAGAGAAUAACAAGAAACUAAACGCAUCAAUGUUUUUGAGAUUAACUACCUACAAAUUGAUCAUUAUCAAUAAUAGUCAACAAGUGUCUGCAGAAUCAGUUAAAAAGUCAAUUGACCAAAUAUUGGAGAUUGAUAGAAAACUUCUUGAGAAAAAAGCUCAACAGAUUGUUCAACCAUUAUGUUCUAUUGGUGAUCCAAAUUCAUCAACAUCAAGCAUUGCAUUGGAAUACGAGAAUUAUUGGAAGUCAUUGAGACUUAUUGCAUCAGUCUCUCAAUUUUCAAGAGAUAUAUUUUACUUCAUCAACCAUUUGCUUAAGACUUCCAUUGGUUCAAUUAAAUCCGCUAACUUCAUGUGGCUAUUAGGCUUAUUGGAUGAAAUUUCAGCUGUUGGUGCUAUUGGUGGUCAAUGGGAACAAGAAUAUGAUGCUUUAGUCAAGAGUGGUCACCAAGUUGACAAGGAGAAUCCAUAUCAAGAUAUUGUACAACUAUCAUUAAAAUCAAUUAAUGCAACAGCUUCUUUAAUUGAUAUCAAGGCCGAUUUGACUACAGAUCAAACAUAUGCAUUGAUUCAAGCUUUAGCUCACCAAUGCUUAAAUCCAUGUUUUCAAAUCCGAUCCUAUGCUUUGAGUUCAUUGGAAGAUACCGUUUUGAAAAUCGAAUUGACUGAUGGUUUGAAGGCUAGUGGUAUCUUUGAUUUUGGUAUUUUCCCCUUAUUGAAUGAAGAUAUUGCUAAGAAUGAAAUUUUGUCAUUGAUUUCCAAAGUCUAUUUGCAUUUCUUUAAAUUAGGAAAGGCAGAUAAUGCAAUUUUCUUGAAGAUUUUGGACAUAUAUAAUCAAUUCUUGGAAGAUCCAGCUAUUGAAAGUGAAUUACAAAAUUUGAUCACUUCUAAAAAGGAAAUUGAAAAGGAAACUGGUGUCAAUGUUGAAGUAGGUAAUGAGAAGAAUGAUCCUGAGGAGGAAGUAGUGGAAACAGAG